GCAUGGAGCUGGCUGCGCUGGAGCGCUUCCUCAGCCCGGGCAAGGGCAGCGGACUCCGCUCCCGCCGGCGGGUGCGGCCCGGAGAGCUGCUUUACCGAGCCGAGCCCUUCGCCUACGUAGUGACCAAGGAGCAGCUGGGCGGCGUGUGCGAGCAAUGCCUCCAGAGGAAUGAACAUCUGCACAGAUGCUCUCAGUGCAAAGUUGCUAAAUACUGUGGUAAAUCAUGUCAGAAAGAAGCUUGGCUGGACCACAAGCGGGAGUGCAAGUGCCUUCUGAACGUCAAGCCUAAUUUUCCUCCAGAUUCUGUCAGACUUGCUGGCAGGAUUGUUUUUAAGCUACUUAGGCAAUCAGCAUGCCUUUCUGAGAGACUCUACUCUUUUUCAGAUCUUCAGUCAAAUGCUGAACAACUAAGUGAAGAAAUGAAAGAGGGCCUCAGGCACCUUGCACAUACCUUGCAACUGUAUCUGAGAGCAGAGAUCCAGGAUGCAUCUCACUUACCACCUGCAAUUGACUUUUUUCAGAUCUUCACAAAAGUGACCUGUAACUGUUUCACCAUCAGUAAUGGAGAGAUGCAGGAUGUUGGUGUUGGCCUGUAUCCCAGCAUGUCUUUGCUGAAUCACAGCUGUGACCCAAACUGUGUGAUCAUUUUUGAAGGAUACCAGCUUUUACUUCGCUCCAUCCGAGAGAUCCAGAUUGGCGAAGAGCUCACCGUCAGCUAUAUUGAAUCGCUGAUGCCCACCAGUGAACGACAGAAACAGCUGAAGCGCCAGUAUUGCUUUGAAUGUGACUGUUGUCUCUGCCAAGAUCAAGAAAAGGAUGCCAAGAAAUUGGCAGGUGAAGAGCCUGCCUGGAAGGAAGUCAAAGAUGCUGUAAAUGAGGUGAAAUAUCCAAAAUCAAAAGAAGAGUGGGAGAAGGUUCUCGCAAAAUGCCAGCAUCUCCUGAGCAGCCAUACCAGUCGUCUUCCAGAUACAAACAUCUAUCAGCUGAAACUGCUGGACUGUGCCAUGGAUGCCUGUAUUAACCUUGAAGCCUGGGAACAAGCUUUGUCUUAUGGCAGCAGGACACUUGGACCAUACAGGCUGUAUUAUCCUGACUUCCAUCCACUGAGGGCUGUGCAGCUGAUGCGAGUGGGCAAACUGCAGUACAGUCAAGGCAUGUUACCUCAGGCACUGGAGACCUUGAAACAGGCCUAUGAUAUUAUGAAGGUGACCCAUGGGACGGAUCACAGCCUGAUGCAAGCCUUGAUGGACUUAAAGGAACAGUGUGAGGUCAUCAUGAAAGUACACUGAAUAAAACUCCAAUCUGGAAAGUGAGACAUUCAAGGAGAAAGGAUAUGGAAAUCUUUUUGUUAUUAGGAAGCUUCCUAAUGUGUUCCUAAGUGGUUUUGGUAUAUUUUCAUCAGGUCCUACUUUCUUUACGAAAAUGUUUAUUGUUUAUUAGUUUUUCUCUAUUAUCUUCUGGAUUGAAUUAAGGUUUGGAGGAAUAUGUGAUGUUUUCAGAAAUUUUUUAACUUCUACAAGUCAAAAUGGUAGUGAGUAAGUCUUAAUAUUUGCUCUUAGACAUGCUGAUAAAACUACAAACUUAAACAUAAAGCAAGGAUAAAUUUAAUUUGUUUUUAUUUAAUAACCAGAACCUCAAAUCCAAGUAGCAGUGAAUGUAGGAAGAAUUGAGAAUCGAAUUGGAAUCCCAGUGAUACACAACACAACUUCCUGCUGAGCUUCUCCCACGUGCUUUCUAGGUAUUGAUAUCUGUAUCUUUUCUGUUAUCUCUGAAUGAUCACAAAGUCUAACGGUACAUCUUAUGCUUGUUGACUAGGACACAGCUAUACAUUUUUUUGUAUCAGACACCUUAUUUAGAUGGUAACACUUGAUUAUCCAUUUACAACACUUAAUUUAAUUGAUAAUAAAUACUGAGAAACACA